GCCAAGGGCACCCCACUUCUUUUUCUCAAACCCCUGUCUGAAAUUUUCGGUUCUCGAAAACAACAACAGCGACGAGGUCUCACUGGCAUUUGAGAGGCUCCCGGAAAAUUGCAUCUGCAAGGUGACUAAAUGGUCAAAUUAGUCAUGCCAUCAGUCUCUGUGAAAGGUCGGCGCAAGGAGGCGGCGGUGGAACGAAUCGAGGAGAUCGACAGGGCUUCAGAUUCGGGCGCAAGUUUAGCAUCUGGACCAGCAUCACCAUCACAAGAAGCAUCAGACGCAUCAGAGGAUGAAAUCGAUAACAGCGAUGACAACGAUGAGAACGCCGCCUCAGAUUCAGAUUCUCUAGACAGUGCCAGCCCCAGGAAACGACGCCGCACCUCUCCUCCGGUUAGCGAUGAUGAAAAACCCAACAUUAUCAAGUCGGCCUUUAAUGUGCCCUCACGCAUAAAACGGAAAGCCCAAGUCGAGGCCAGUGUCGGAGUCCCUCCUCAGCCAAGCAACCCCGAACCCGAACCAGCGUCCCGGGUCACGGCCCCCUUGGAUGCCAAUACCACUUUCGAGUCGCUUGGUCUCCGGCCAUGGCUAGUGCAGUCACUGGCUAACAUGGCCAUCAAGCGGCCAACCGCCAUUCAACGAGAGAGUAUCCCGAUGCUGCUGAAAGGGAGGGACUGCAUCGGUGGGAGCAGAACGGGUUCGGGUAAGACGGUGGCCUUCUCCGUCCCUAUUUUCCAAAAAUGGGCCGAGAACCCGUCUGCCAUCUUUGCCGUCAUCCUGACGCCUACUCGUGAGCUUGCUCUCCAGAUCUACGAGCAAGUCAAGGCCAUCUCGUCGCCACACUCGCUCAAAGCCAUCCUGGUCACGGGCGGGUCCGACAUGCGGUCGCAGGCCAUCGCCCUGGCCCAGCGGCCGCACGUCGUCAUCGCCACCCCCGGCCGCCUGGCCGACCACAUCCGCACCUCGGGCGAGGACACGGUGUGCGGGCUCCGCCGGGUGCGCUUCGUAGUCCUCGACGAAGCCGACCGGCUGCUCGCCGCCAACGGACCCGGCAGCAUGCUGCCGGACGUGGAAGAAUGCCUCGGCGCGCUCCCGCCGCCGGCCGAGCGCCAAACCCUCCUCUUCACCGCGACCAUCACGCCCGAGGUCAUGGCGCUCAAGAACAUGCCGCGGCAGCCCGGGCGCGAGCCGGUCUUCGUGUGCGAAGUCGACACGGACGCGCUCGCGAUCCCGCCGACGCUCCAGCAGAUGCACCUGCAAGUACCCGUCACACACCGCGAGCACUACCUGCACAUGUUCCUCCUCACACCCGCCAACGCGGAAAAAUCGGCCAUCAUCUUCUGCAACCGCACGUCGACGGCCGACUUCCUGCACCACCUGCUCCGGCUGCUGGACCACCGCGUCACGGCGCUGCACUCCAAGCUGCCGCAGCGCCAGCGCGUCGACAACCUGGGCCGGUUCCGCGCGUCGGCCGCGCGCAUCCUCGUCGCCACCGACGUCGCCGCCAGGGGUCUGGAUAUCCCCGAGGUCAAGCUGGUAAUCAACUACGACAUCCCGCGGGAUCCGGAUGACUACAUCCACCGCGUCGGCCGUACGGCGCGUGCGGGCCGCAAGGGUGAUGCUGUCACCUUCGUCGGGCAGCGGGAUGUCGAGCUGGUGCUGGCGAUCGAGCAGCGCGUGGGCAGGCAGAUGGAGGCGUGGGAGGAGGAGGGUGUGAACCUGGAGACGCGCGUGGUGAGGGAUGCGCUCAAGCUGGUGGGGGAGAAGAAGCGCGAGGCGUUGUUGGAGGUGGAGGAGCACAGGGAGGUGGGCGGGAAGAGGAAGAGGGGGAAGCAGAAGCUGAGGCUGGAGUAGAUGGGCGAGUUCCGACGGACUUUUGUAAAAGCAAAGCCUGCCUGCUAAAUAGAGAUACCACACAACCCAUCAGCAACCACCGUGGCUUCUGUAAGCCGAACCUAACCA